AUGAAAACAAACGGUUCAGCGACAACAUUUAUGAUGCACGAUCGUCAAGCGGCAGCCAUAGCACCGUCAAAUAACAACAUUUCAACGACUACUUGUUCAAUAAAUCUCACAUCGCCGUCAUCAUCUACAUGUCAACAACAAACAAUCACAACAACAACUACAACAACGACAUCAUUGAUGCAAACGGGUUCAUCUUCAGGAUCCACUGCAGAUACACAUCAACAAUUACUUGUAAAUUUGUUUGAAUGUCCAAUUUGUUUUGAUUACGCUUUGCCACCGAUAUUGCAGUGUCAAAGUGGUCAUAUCGUGUGCACACAAUGUAGACAAAAAUUAUCGUCUUGUCCAACAUGUCGAGGUCCAUUAGGUAAUAUUCGAAAUUUGGGUAUGGAAAAAGUGGCAGAUACUAUAUUAUUUCCGUGUAAAUAUCAGACAAAUGGAUGUUUAUUGAACUUGAUACAUAAACACAAAUUAGAGCACGAAGAUAUAUGUGAUUUUAGGCCGUAUUUAUGUCCGUGUCCUGGUGCAUCGUGUAAAUGGCAAGGUUCAUUAGAACAUGUCAUGCAACAUUUAUGGUUAACUCAUAAAUCCAUCACCACACUUCAGGGAGAAGAUAUUGUUUUCUUAGCCACAGACAUCAAUCUUCCAGGAGCGGUUGACUGGGUCAUGAUGCAAUCUUGUUUUGGCCAUCAUUUUAUGUUAGUUUUAGAAAAGCAAGAAAAAUAUGAAGGAAACCAACAAUUUUUUGCUAUUGUACAAUUAAUUGGUACAAGACAACAAGCAGAAAAAUUUGUUUACCGUCUAGAAUUAAAUGGUAGUAAAAGACGUUUAACAUGGGAAGCAACUCCGCGAAUUUUAGAGCAAAAGUCCCGUGAUGUUAAUAUUGAUUAUGUUUUAAAAACUAUUUAUGCUGAAAUUGAACGACGUAAACACAUUGAUCAUGAUGCAUCUUUACGAAAAGAUAUUAUAGUUAAACAAUACAAACCGUUAUAUCCUGAUUUGUACACAUUUAAGGCUGAAUAUUUGUCAGACGAUUUUAUCGAGUUAUGCAAAAACCUAAAUGAACCAAGAAAUACAUGGAAUAAAUCUUUCGUAGAACUUAACGACAAGAUAUAUACGUUACCCAUUUUUACGUCCGAUUUUUGUUCAAGAUUUAUCGAUGAACUCAAACAUUUUGAAAAUACGAAUCUUCCAAAAGGACGUCCAAAUUCGAUGAAUAAUUAUGGAAUUCUUCUCGACGAGAUUGGUUUUAAUAAUUUUAUUGACGAAUUACGUAUUAAUUAUUUGAAUGAAUUCGCUCGAUUAUUAUAUGGAAAAGACUAUGUUGGUUCUAGUGGUCUCGAUUCUCAUAAAGCAUUUGUUGUCACAUAUAAAAUUGGGCACGAUGUUGAUCUUGGCUAUCAUUAUGAUAAUGCUGAAGUAACAUUAAAUAUUUCACUAGGAGGAAAUUUUGAAGGUGGCUCGCUUUACUUUGGCCCACUGGCGAAUAUUGAUCGAGUUUCAGAUCCAAACUUUACAUGCGUUGAACAUAAGCCAACGUAUGGCGUUUUUCAUCGAAGUAUACAAUUGCAUGGCGUGGAACCGAUUGAAUCUGGACAACGAUAUAAUCUAAUUAUUUGGAUGCGAUCAUCAUCAAUACGUAAUCAAUUGUGUCCAAUGUGUUGGCAAAAGCCAAAUAUACUACCAGUUGUCAGUGGCUAUGGCGAUGGAAUGACAGUAUGA